AUGUCGAAUGCUGAGAGACAAAGAAAAUACCGUGAAAAAAUAAAACAAAAUGCAGAAAAAUACGAGGAGAAAAAGAAGAAGCAUAGAGAAUACAUGAAAGCUGCUAGAAGACCAAUUGCAGAACUGGCUGAAAAAGAAAAGGAAAAAAAGCGACGAGAAUGGAGACUUGCCAAAAAAAAAGAAGGUGGUGUAACAAAACCAAAGAACAACAAGUGUUGUGCAUUAAAUGCACGAUUAUGUGAAAAAUUGAAGAAGCGAAUAACAGAUCAAAAGAAAGUUAUAGAUAAUAUAUUGCUGAAGAAACAUGCUUUACAAAAAAACCUAUAUAGACAUAAAAUUAAAAUUGAAGAGCUGCGCAAAUUGAUCUCAAAUUCAGAACGAACGGAAAACAAAUCUUUAAUAAACUCAUCAGAGAAUAAAACCAACAGUGAAUCUGUACCUACAGACAUUAAUGCACCAACUACCUCAUCCGGACUGACCACAAAUGACAAAUCUGAAAAUGAAGAUUUACGUGAAAAAACUCCCAUGUCUAAGACAUUAUCCUUUAUAAAUGAAAAUAUUCCAUCCAUAUCCACUCCUGAAAAAAAUAAAGUUAAAAAACAGAUCCUACAGCUGAAUGUGAUCAGUGCUUCGUUACAGACAUCGUAUGAAAAACAUAACAAUAAAUCAAAACAGAUCCUAAAAGACAUUGUUUCAUCCGAAGCAAUAGAAAAAUAUAAUCUGAAAACUGAUAUUUCGAAAUCAUUGGGACUGAAAGGGAGAGUAAGAAAAUUUAAGAAAAAGGAAAGGACAUACAAAGAAGCUAAAGAAAUACGUAUUUUUUUCAACAGGGAUGAUAACACUAGAAUGACAGCUGGCAAGAAAGAAUGUGUUGGUAGAGGUAAUGAUAAAUUACAGAAGCGAUUCUUGCUUACUUCAUUGAAGAAACUUUACACAAAAUAUGUAAGCGAGGGAGGAAAAGUCUCAUUUUCAACUUUCAGAAGAAAUAGGCCAAGAAAUGUGGUACGGCCAAAGUUGAGUGAUAGAAACACCGUUGCAUGUAUAAAGCACAGUAAUUUAGCCUUCAAAGUUGCUCAUUUAAAGAAAAUUGGCGUUAUAGGUACUUCCGAUUUGCAAGAAUUACUUGCAUCGAGUGUGUGCAGCGUUGAAUCGUACGACUGUAUGUAUUUAAAUUGUGAAAAGUGUAAAGACAACAAUCCUGAAAUGAAUUUGACAGAUAUUAUAAACAAUACAGAAUGCACAUGGAUACAGUGGACUAGAAAGGAAUUUACGUUUGAGAAGGGAAUAGGAAGAAAAAUUACUACUACAAAGAAAUAUGUUAAAGAAAGUAUUAAGGGUACAUUUUCAGAACUCAAAAAAAUGUUUUUAGCUGAUACUACGUGCAUUCCGGCAGCAUUUCUUUAA